GCGAUGGCGGAGCCCGGGUCGCAGGCCCCGCCGCCCCCGCCGCCGGGGACCCCCAGCCGCCAUGAGAAGAGCUUAGGGCUGCUCACCACCAAGUUCGUGUCUCUGCUGCAGGAGGCCAAGGACGGGGUGCUCGACCUCAAGCUGGCGGCGGACACCUUGGCCGUGCGGCAGAAACGACGAAUCUACGACAUCACCAAUGUGCUGGAAGGGAUCGGACUGAUUGAGAAGAAGUCAAAGAACAGCAUCCAGUGGAAGGGCGUGGGGCCUGGCUGUAACACCCGGGAGAUCGCAGACAAGCUCAUCGAAUUGAAGGCCGAGAUCGAGGACCUGCAGAAGAGGGAGCAGGAGCUGGACCAGCACAAGAUCUGGGUUCAGCAGAGCAUCCGGAACGUUACCGAAGAUGUGCAGAACAACCACUUAGCCUAUGUGACCCACGAGGAUAUCUGUAGGUGCUUCUCAGGAGACACGCUUCUGGCUAUCCGAGCCCCAUUGGGGACCAGCUUGGAGGUGCCCAUCCCGGAGGGCCCGAAUGGGCAGAAGAAAUAUCAGAUCCACUUGAAGAGCACCACUGGGCCCAUUGAAGUGCUACUGGUCAACAAGGAUGCCUGGAGCUCCCCACCUGUCGUGGUGCCCGUGCCCCCCCCAGAUGACCUCGUCCAGUGCCAGCCUGUGGCCGUCCCUUCCCCCCCACCCCAGCCGGCCAUCCCCCCAGAUCAGGAGGCUGCAGUUCCCGGUGGCGCCCGGCCCUCCACCCCCACGGCCACCAGCACCCAGGUCCACGGUGCUGCUGGCCAAGCGACAGCGGGCACAGAGUGCAGCGGCUCCGGGGCCGAUGCCAAGGAUGGGAGCACACUCACCCCUCUGGAUCCGCAGCCUUUGGAAUCGUCUGCCUCACUGGACAGCAGCUCUGCCCUGCCCCACCCAUCUACCUCCUUUGAACCUAUCAAACCGGAUCCCACAGACAUACUGGAACUCCCCAAAGAGCUGUCGGAGAUGUUUGAUCCAACCAGAGAAUGCAUGAGUUCUGAUCUGCUGGAGGAACUGAUGUCCUCAGAAGUAUUUGCUCCUCUGCUCCGCCUCUCCCCGCCCCCCGGAGACCACGACUAUGUCUACAACCUAGAUGAGAAUGAGGGGGUCUGCGACCUCUUCGAUGUGCCCGUCCUCAACCUCUGACUCCAGCCUGCUGGGGCUGCGUGAGCACAAACUGUUUGACCUGGAGAAAGGGCCCACCCCCUACCCAGCCUGUGCCUCCCCCAACCUCCCACCCCGGCUGGCUACACUGAAGGGCCUGAAACCAGAGUCACAGACUGAUGCCAGCUCAGCAGGUCCUCUGACCUCUCCUUUCCCUCCC